AUGUCUAACAAACAAAUCAUCUACAACACCCCGCCGACGUCGUCCAUCGACCCGUCGCUGAGCUCGGGCACCUUUCGACUCCACACUGUGCCGCGGCCCGAGCAGGUCCCCGCCGACAAAGUCCUGGUGCGCGUGCAUUAUCUCUCACUGGACCCGGCGAUGCGACAAUGGCUAACAGCCAAGCGAUCAUAUAUUGCGCCCGUUGAGCGCGGCGCCGUCAUGCGCGGACAGAGCAUCGCACAGGUCGUCGCAGUGGGCAGCGAUCUAAGCUCGCAAUACCAGCUUGGCGACUGGGUGGUGGCAUACUCGGGUUGGCAGGAGUAUGCGGUGGUGGGCGCGCGCGAAGCCGAGAAAGUGGCCGUGCCGCCGGGCGGCCGCCCCACCGACGCGAUGUCGGUGCUCGGCGUGACGGGGCUGACGGCGUACUUUGGGAUGCUGGAGGUUGGACAGCCGCGGCCCGGCGAUACCGUGGUGGUGUCUGGUGCGGCGGGCGCCACGGGCAUGGUGGCGGGCCAGAUCGCGCGCAUCCAGGGCGCCAAGCGUGUGGUUGGUCUAGCGGGGAGUAAAGAUAAGUGCGAGUUCCUGGUGCGCGAACUGGGUUUCGACGCCGCGGUCAACUACAAGGAGCCGGACUGGCGCAAGCAGCUUAAGGAAGCUACGCCCGAGUACAUUGAUGUCUUCUUUGACAAUGUUGGCGGCGAGAUCCUCGAUGCUUGUCUGGCCCGCGCCGCCCGUGACGCACGCUUUGCUAUCUGUGGCGCCAUCAGCCAGUAUAAUGCCGCGAAGCCCCAGGGCCCUGCUAGUUUUAUGUUUGUGAUUUCGCAACGAGUUACCAUGAAAGGCUUCAUCGUCUUCGACUACGCUAAGAAGUACCCGGCCGCACUGAAGGAGCUGGCCUCCUGGUUGGCGCAGGGCAAGAUCAAGCGCAAGGAGCAUAUUGUGCCGGGUGGUUUGGAAGCGGCACCGCAAGCCCUUGUCGAUCUUUAUCAAGGUGCCAACACGGGCAAAAUGAUGGUCGAGGUGGCUCCAGUGGGUGAGGCGCAGACGAAAGCCAAGCUGUAA